AUGUUCGGCAAGCUGAAAGCAGCCUUCGGGCCGCCCAAAAUCGGCCAGGAUCCAGGCACCUCGGCCCCAACACCUCCACCUCCACCUCCACCCGCACCUGCCCAGGUAAGACACGACCGCCCCAACACCUCCGCCUGCACCUGCCCAGAGCCCACCGCCCCAACACCUCCACCUGCACCUGCACCUGCCCAGAAGCCCGAGGAGAAGCCAGCCGACCCCGCCCCCGGACCUCCGGGCGCUGCUGAGGGGCCCGAGGCCCCGCCCGCGCCCCCGCGCCCCGUCGUGGUGAACAGAUACGCCGACGAGCAGAUGCGUGACGUCAUCAAGCGGAUGCGGGAGAGGACUGCCCUCUACAAGGAGAAGGUCAUCGACCCCACGGCCUCCUCCCCCGAGCCCAGCCCCCCUGUCACUCCAGUUCUGAGAAAGUGUGACUUCAUAAAAAAGCAGGAGGAGGAUAGGAUCAGAAAGGAGGAAGAGGAGAAGAAUAAAAAGGAGGCAGAGGAGAAGAAGAAAAAGGAGGCAGAAGAGAAGAAGAAAAAGGAGGCAGAAGAGAAGAAGAAAAAGGAGGAAGAGGAGAAGAAGAAAAAAGCAGAGGAGGACAAGAAAGCAGAGAAGAAGGACGAGAAAAAAGAGGAGAAGAAAGAGGAGGAGAAGAAAGAGGAGCUGAAGGGGGCUGGCUCGCUCCUCCUGACAGCCGCCAUCUCCUGCCUGGACUCCGCGCUGAAGCCCCUGGAGGACGCCAUGGACAAGGUGGUGGGGAAGAGCUUUGAUCCUUUCACAGACCGGAGGUACAUUUCGUGGCUGAGCGUGGUCACCCUGGCCUUCAACUACAACGCCUGGCUGGUCCCGGCCCGCUUAUCCUUCCCCUACCACACGGAGUGGAGCAUCCCCUACUGGGUCGGCCUCGACCUCCUGUGCGACUCCAUCUACGUCCUCGACGUCGUCAUCUUCAGGCCCCGCCUCCAGUUCGUCAAGGGGGGCGACGUGAUCAGUGACAGGAUUUUAACAAAAAAGAAUUACAGAGAAAGCCCAGGAUUUAAGAUUGAUCUAAUCAGUGUGAUUCCCAUUGAUCUACUGUGCCUCAAGCUUGGAUUCAACUCCAUCUUCAGAGCCAACCGCCUGCUGAAGAUGGACGCAUUCUUUGAGUUCAGCGAUCGUUUGGAAAGCUUGAUGACCAAGGCUUACAUCUGGAGAGUAAUCCGGACCAUCGGCUACCUGCUGUUCAUCCUGCACCUCAACGCCUGCGUCUACUACAUCGCCUCGGAUUACGAGGGCAUCGCCUCCACCAAAUGGGUCUACAGCGGCAAGGGCAACGCGUACUUGCGGUGUUACUACUUUGCCGUUCGAACCCUGAUCACCAUCGGCGGCUUGCCGGAGCCCCACACCGUCUUUGAGAUCCUCUUUCAGCUGCUGAACUAUUUCACCGGGGUCUUUGUGUUCUCCAGCCUGAUCGGACAGAUGAGAGACGUCAUCGGAGCGGCCACCGCCGGGGAGACCUACUUCCGGAGCUCCAUGGACGGCACGGUGGCCUACAUGAACACCAACCGCAUCCCCAAACUGGUGCAGGGCAGGGUGCGCACCUGGUACAACUACACCUGGGCCUCCCAAGGCAUGCUGGAUGAGUCUGUGCUUCUGGAGCAGAUGCCCCUCGUCAUGAGAACCGCCAUCGCCGUGGACAUCAACCUCGCCACCUUCCAGAAGAUCGACCUCUUCAAGGGAUGUGAUAACCAGAUGCUUGUAGACAUGUUGCUGAGACUGAAGUCCAUUGUUUAUCUACCUGGAGACUUUGUGUGCAAGAAGGGAGACAUUGGGAAAGAGAUGUACAUUAUUAAAGCUGGAGAGGUGCAGGUGAUUGGCGGCCCGGACAAUAAGAUUGUAUUUGUGACACUGAAGGCUGGAUGUGUGUUUGGUGAAAUCAGCCUGCUACAGUCCUCUAAGGACGGAGGCAACCGGAGAACAGCCAACGUGGCGGCCCACGGUUUCGCCAACCUCUUCGUCCUGGACAAGAAGGACCUCAACGACAUCCUGGUCCACUACCCCGAGGCCCAGAAGGUUCUGGCCCGGAAGGGACGGAAGCUGAUGAAGGCGAAGGGGCCGGCCGCAGCCGCUGCCGAGGCGGACAAGAAGAAGGGGCUGGCCCUGUUCACCCCUCGGCCCCCCACCCCCAAGAUCCUCAAGGCCUUCGGCCGCUUCAACACCACGGGCUUCAUGGAGAAACUCAAGACAUCAUCAGCUGAGACUUGA